AUGGACGCUCCUACUAACAAGCCCGAUAAUCCUGACGAGGUCUCUUCUUCCAAAGUUCACGACCAUGAUGUUCCUGUCAGCAUGACGGAGGAGAAACGCGACACUGCCGAACAUACUCGGCCGCCCCCCCUCACCGAAGACGAGCUUGCUCUAGAAAAGAAGUUGCGGCGGAAGAUUGAUCUCAGGAUCAUGCCUCUCAUAAUCUGGACCUAUUUAAUGAACUAUAUCGAUCGAAACAACUACGCUGCCGCCCGACUUCAGGGCCUUGAAGCCGAUCUCAAGCUAACCGAUACCCAAUAUCAAGUCGGGCUUUCGGUUCUAUUCAUCACCUAUGUCCUAGGUCAACUCCCCUCGAACAUAAUGCUAAACUACUUCGGCAAGCCGGCUUAUUAUAUCGGAUUCUUCACUAUUGCUUGGGGUCUAGUCUCGGCCCUGACGUCCUUGGUGCAGGAUUUUACCGGCAUCGUCAUUUGCAGACUAGUCCUCGGUCUCGUUGAGGCCCCAUUCUUCCCUGGCGUCAUUUUCUACCUCUCUAAGUGGUACACGAAAAAGGAGUUGUCGCUCCGUAUGGCUCUCUUCUACAACGGCUCCCUCAUUGCCGGUGCCUUUGGCAAUCUCAUUGCUGCCGGUAUUCUCCGAGGCCUGGACGGAGCCAGGGGUAUCUCCGCCUGGAGAUGGCUGUACAUUCUCGAAGGUGUCAUAACCGUGGCCUCGGGAAUCGCUAUCUGCGUAGUCCUCCCAGACUUCCCUGAAUCGUGGAAAAGUCUCAGCCCAGAGAUGCGCGAUAUUGCGAAGCGAAGACUGGCUAUGGACGCGGCUGAAGCCGACGUCGAUACUGGCGGCAGCAAGACAGCAUUCAAGGGUCUCAAAAUGGCUCUCACGGACCCCAAAAUUUUGGUUUUAACCCUGGCUCAACAUGCCUUCAUCGGCGCUGGUGGCUUCCAAAACUUCUUCCCGACGUUGACGAGAACCCUAGGGUUCAACAACACUAUCUCCCUGUUGUUAGUCGCACCGCCGUACGUUUUCAUGGCGUUUUACUGCGCCUUCCACUCGUGGAUGUCGGAUAGGGUCCAGAAUAGAUUCUGGUUCUUCAUGUGCAAGUCUUUCACCGCACCUCAUCCCAUCCCCGUCGUUAUCACGGGAUGUGUAAUCUUCAUGACAACGACCUCCUUUGGCCCUCGCUACUUCUCUCUCUUCCUUCUCAAUUUCGUCUUCACGAUGAACGGCACAACUUAUGCCUGGAUGUCAACCUGCGCUUCACGGCCCCCUGCUAAACGUGCCGCGGCCCUGGGAUUCAUGAACGCUGUCGGUAACGCCGCCAGUAUCUGGACAUCAUACACAUAUUUCGCUAGCCAGGGAAACAGGUACCCAGUUGCCCUUGGUAUCGUCAUUGCCCUUAUGGUCAUUUCCGGUAUCGGCGGUACCUUGCAGCGACAAAUCUUGGUUCGCGAAAAUAGGCGACUGGAGAAACUUGAAGAUGAAGACGCUGUCCUGGACGCGAAGGACUUGAAGAAGCUGCAGGCGAUGGCUGAUAUCACCGGGGUCGAUGUCGCUACCGCUAGAGAGCUGCAGAAGGGGUUCAGAUACUUGGUUUGA